AGGGCGGGUUCAGAGGUAACUAGGUAAACGGAAGUAGAAACGGUAGACCUAAACAUGGCGCCUUUGCUGGAUCACAAAAUUGGCGACGCUAUGUUAUCUUCUUUACCUUGGCGAUCAAAAUCGAAUCUCUUGACAUGUUCACUCCUUUUGCUUAUUUACCUGACGUCGCAUCCAGCCGUGGCCAAACCGAGCAGUCUCAAAGAGAUCACUGACGGAAACUGGGAAGACAUCUUGGCAGGGGAAUGGAUGAUUGAAUUUUUUGCUCCGUGGUGUCCGGCGUGCCAACAGCUCCAGCCCGUGUGGAAUGAGUUUGCCGACUGGGGUGAGGACAUGGGCGUCAACAUAGCGAAGGUGGACGUUACUGAACAGCCUGGUUUGAGCGGGCGAUUCAUCAUCACUUCACUUCCGACCGUCUACCACUGUAAGGAUGGUUUGUUCAGGAGGUACCAGGGGGCUCGCACCAAAGAUGACUUGCUAAGCUUUAUUGAUGAGAAGAAGUGGCAGGGCAUUGAGCCUGUGUCUUCCUGGUUUGGACCAUCUUCCUUCAUGAUGAACACAAUGUCCGCUCUCUUCAAGCUGUCAAUGUUCAUUAGGCAUUGCCAUAACUACCUAAUAGAGCAUUUGGGGAUUCCAGUGUGGGGCUCAUAUGUCAUCUUUGGACUGGCCACUCUCUUCUCUGGCCUCGUCUUGGGACUGAUACUGGUGUUCAUUGCAGAUUUUGUCUUCCCAUCACGACGAUUUAACUCCCCAAACUACUACCAGAAGAAACAGACGAUGGAACAAGCCAGGCUGAUUCAGCAGCUGGAGGAGGAGCAGGAGGCAGACGGAGAAGAGGAUGAUGAGGACGAUGAAGAACAGGAAGAUGUCUGGAGGAGGAGGAGAGCAUCUCCCGAGGGGCGUCCAGAGGAGGUGCUGCGAAAGAGGGUGGUGGGCAACCGUGAGGACCAGGAUGAGGACUCCUAGAGGCCCAGAGGGGAAUUGAAGAUGCCCCUUCAAACAGUGAGGAAGGGGAGGGGGCCUGGUUUGGGGCCUAAGCUCGUUUUUAUAAAGUGCCUCAGAAUAGGAGUACUGAUCUAGGAUUUUUCGAUCAUGAUAACUAAGAUGACAUGGACAGGUGGAACUGAUCCUAGAUCAGCACUCCUACUCUGAGGUGCUCUAUGAAUACGGGACCUGGUCCUGAGCAGCAGUAGAGUUUACAGCAGACGGCUUACAGAGCCCUAGCAACGCGCUGGCAAGGCCUCAGCGACUUGCUUCCUUGCUUCUUCUCCCUUCAGCUUCACCGGGAGUGCCCCGUAUUCUGACCGCUCUGCUCUCACCACCAGCACCCUCCCCUGGAUUGGAGGUGCUACUGCACACUCCCAACACCAUUAUCAUGUUCUUUAGGCAUCCAAUGAAGGACACAGACAGGAACAGGAAGGGUUUAUCCAGGUUCAAUAUGAAAUGCUCCUUUUUCAUUUUCCGUUGGUAAACACAUUUUUUUAUUGUCCCUAAUGAACACAAAGCUGUUCAUCCUAGUUCUUUUGAAACUGAUCGAUUGGGUGGUUGAGGUUUCAAGGAAAAUUCCACCCCAAAAUAUUUUGUUUUUUGUUUUAUUAGUCCAUUGUUGACAUAGUCCCAAAAGAUAUGUAACUUUCAAAAUACAGAAAUCAUCCCCGUGUGAUGCAUUUAGCCUCAUAUGAUGCUACUUUUUGCAUCAUAUGAUACAAACUGCGUCAUGCGGGGAUGAUUUUUGUAUUUUGAAAGUUGCAUAUCCUGAAAACUUGAGUGCUGACAAGCAAAACAUUUAGUGACUAUGUCAGCAAUGGACUAAUGAAACAAAUACCAAAGGAUUGUGUUUGGGUUGAGUUUACCUGAAGGUAUGGAGUGCACUGGAACAGGAUAAUUGUACCGCUUUGUGUGUUAUGCAUGUUUUUUAUUGUAUUCAACAUUAAUCCCUGUUUUAACAAAUUAUAUACAGCUUUUGAGCAUUAUUUCAUUGUACACUGUGUGUUCAAAACAUUAGGAACACCUUCCUAAUAUAGCGUUUCACCCCCUUUUGACCUCAAAACAGCCUCAAUUCGUUGAGGCAUGGACUCUACAAGGUGUCGAAAGCGUUCCACAGGGAUGCUGGUCCAUGUUGACUCCAAUGCUUCCCACGGUUGUCAAGUUGGCUGGAUGUCCUUUGGGUGGAGGACCAUUCUUGAUACACAGGAAACUGUUGAGUGUGAAAAACCCAGCAGCGGUGCAGUUCUUGACACAAUCCGGUGCGCCUGGCACCUACUACCAUACCCCUUUCGAAGACACUUAAAUAUUUUGUCUUGCCCCAAUCACCCUCUGAAUGACACACACAAUCCAUGUCUCAAGGCUUAAACAUCAUUCUUUAACCUGUCUCCUCCCCUUCAUCUACACUGAUUCAAGUGGAUUUAAUAAGUGACAUGGUCAGUCUGUCAUGGAAAGAGUAGGUGUUCUUAAUGUUUUGUCCACUCAGUGUAUAUCUUCCAUCUGAUGUAAUUUUCUGUUUCUCCUUUUCCACUUUUUUAUUUUUAAUUAUUAUUAUUAUUAUUUUUUUACCUCAAAGCUUAUUGUUUUCAUCCAAGUCGUCCUUGACAGACCUUGUAUCCGUCCACCAUUGAACUUCAUCAUGCUUUAGUGAGCGCAGUGCAGUUUGCAUGCUUUUCUACAGGCAACUAAGAUCAAAUCUCUUCGGGGCCCUUCAUAUGUUUCUGUUUGGUCGACACCAAGAUGUUGAGUUGUACAGUUGUUGCUUUCAUCUCUGGUGGAAGGGAACUGCUAUUUACUACCUGCCUGGUUUUGAUGAAGUCUCACUCCACUUUAUACAAAUAUCGUGGUGCUUACUAAACCUCCCUGGAGGUGGAUAUUGGUCAGUAUGGAUCAUUAAGGAUUUAACUGUUGUGAAGUUUGGCCAGAACAGGGCUGCACAGGGGUGCGUUCACAACCCCAGCAUGAUACGAAGAUAUUGUGGUGUUAAAAUGUUUAUCUUGUUUUGUUGAUCUCUACUGUAAAGCCCCUUUGUAAAGCUGGCAGCAUGACAACAUACGAUUUGUAUCUUAUGUUGUGUUCAUCUCUGUGUGAGAAGUUCUUCCAUAUAAAUCAGAAAAUAGUUUAUUAAUGUGCUGUCAUGUCAGUCAGACACAAUGCAUGCCGUCUUUACAAUUAUUAUGGGGGUUCUUCAAUAUCCUGGUCACAAAUGGCACUCUAUCCCCUAUAUAGUUAACUACUGUUGACCAAGACCCAUAUAGGUCUGGUCAAAAGUAGUGCAUUAUAUAGGGAACAGGGAGCCAUUUGGGAUGUGUGGAGGGGAUGUUAUUUUAACCCUACUUCUGCUCCUUAGUCUUCUGGCUCCUGCUUUACUCUGUGUGUGGAGAGAGAG